AUGUCUGGAUCGGCAUCUGGCGUUAAAGUGGAUAAUGCAGUUAUUGAAAAAUUUCAUGAGUUUAAAAUAAAAAAACAGAUUGGCUAUCUUGUACUUGGAUUUAGUAAUGAUAUAUCAAAAAUUGUUGUUCUCAAAGAAGGUGCUAAUUCAGCACCAAACAAUGCACCACCAGCUGACAAGAAUAAAAAAUGGGCUGAAAUGCUUGAAGAAUUACCAGAAAAUGAUGUACGAUAUGCUAUAAUUGAUAUUUUCUAUGAAACAAGUGAAGGAUCACGUGCCGAAAUAUAUUUUAUUUCAUGGGCACCAGAUACAGCAACAAUUAAACGUAAAAUGUUAUGUGCAUCAAGCAAAGAUGCUUUAAAAAAUGCUCUUCAAGGUAUUCGUAAUCAUUUACAAGCAACAUGCAAAUCGGAUCUUGAUUUGGCUGCAAUUAUAAGUGAAAAAACCAAAUCUAAAUAG